GUCAUUCCUUUGGCUGUUUUAUACGGCAAUCGCGCAAAAGAUAUCAAGAGCUUUCUUAAACCGAUUUGUGAUGAACUAAAGGAGCUGGAAAAGAAACCUCUGCGAGUUUUCAGAAACGGUGAAUAUAUUACUGAAGCUAAUGUGUACUGCCUUGGAGUCGCUUCGGACUUGAUGGAAGCAUCUAAGUUGAUGAACCAUUCGGGUCAUCAAGGUUUAUACGGUUGCAAGUGGUGCAAAAGUAAGAUACACACGUCAGAUUUUGCUACACGUUCCGUCGCUAACAAAACUUUUCAAAUCAUUUCAUAUUGUCUAGCUGAAGGACAGCAUGCUGAAGACGAAGGAAAGCCGAAAUCCACUAUUCGUAACAUGUUUGGCGAUUUUUGUACUUUUAAUGCUCACUUUCAGCUAAUGGACGAAUUCCACUUGUUUACAAACGUUGCUCGACUAAUCCAUGAAGUUGUAUCCCCUCCAUUCAAUUCGAAGUACAAGUAUAAUGGAAAUGCCGACACCUAUCCUUUCCUUCUAAAAUGUCGAAGCUAUGGUCCUCUUAUAAAGCAAGCUACUGAUAUGUCGAGAGCUGAAAUCCCCCCUCAAUUCCAUGCAUCAUGGAAGGGUAUCAACAUCUGCGAUAGACUGAAAGGUCAAUAUCGUAGUACCGACUGGAUAAAUUGGCUGAUUAAUAUUGUACCAACGUUGAUAACGCCAGCAUUUAUGGAUGUAGAUGCAGCAACAGCACUUAAUAAGCUUUGUCAUGCUGUCAAAUUGGCGACUCAGUGGACUAUAUCAGAAGAACAGCUUACCACCAUCCGUAAUAAUAUCGAAGCCUUUUUCCGCUUUCUUGAUGCAUGCUUGUUACAGCGGCGUAUCUCAAAAACGUUAUUCCGCAUCAACCUCCAUAUGCUUUCCCAUAUUCCUGAAUUCAUAAAAGCACAAGGUAGUUUAAAGGCCUAUAGUACAAGAGCCAUGGAGCGAAAGAUUGGUGCGCUGAAACGAGUAAUGAAUGCAGCUCGUUAUGCAGGUGAGAACGCUGGCAAUAUUAUCGAAAUCGAGAACAUGCUGUCUUUCCUUCAAAGUUCCGGUAUCAUUGAUUUUGAUGCUCCUUUUGCCAAACAGUCCGAUCCACAAAGCUUUCGCGACUAUCCCUCACUAGACAAAACAAAGCCACAACUCUGGUCGCCA